AUGGGGCGAGAUCACCUAAGCAACGACGAGUUCUUCACUCGACUCGCCAAUCUCUUCGAGUACACGCGCACCAAAGGCCACGGCAGCGUCUACCUAGUACAGAAGCGCAUGACAUUCGACACUUCUGCCAUACCACCUCCAGCCAGCAAAGUCGCCGACGAUCCCUUAUGGGACACACAUCCUGAGGAGCCAUUACCUGUCUUGAUUCGCGCACACAACAACAAGAGCAGCAAGAAAGCGGGUACCGACAGAGAAGAUAUCCCUAAGAUAGAGCUGAGCACCGUGGUCAAGCCAGAUGAGUUGGAUGGAUUCUAUGCACGGUAUGCCGAGGCUUGCAAGGUUGGCAUGAGCGGACUGAAGAAGCGAGAUAAGAAGAAGGCGAAGAAGACCAAGAAGAAGAAGAAGGGCGAGACCAAAGUAUGA